AUGGUCCGCAUUUCCGUCCUCAACGACUGCCUGAAGAGCAUCGUCAAUGCCGAGAAGAAGGGCAAGCGUCAAGUCUUGAUCCGCCCUUCUUCCAAGGUCAUCGUCAAGUUCUUGUCCGUCAUGCAGAAGCACGGCUACAUCGGCGAGUUCGAGAUCAUCGACGACCACCGUUCCGGCAAGAUCGUCAUCCAGCUCAUCGGUCGCUUGAACAAGUGCGGUGUCAUCUCCCCCCGCUUCAACGUCAAGCAGAAGGACAUCGAGACCUGGAUCAACAACCUCUUGCCUUCCCGUCAAUUCGGUUUCAUCGUCUUGACCACCUCCGCUGGCAUCAUGGACCACGAGGAGGCCAGGAGGAAGAAGACUGGUGGAAAGAUCCUCGGAUUCUUCUACUAG